AUGGCGCACCCAUGGCAGCACUCAGUCGUGCCUUUGAUUUUUCUUUUUUCUUUGCAGUACUGCACUCAUCGCCCCGAGAAAAGAUCUUCUCAUGCUACACAUUCCAGCUUGGUGAACGAGACAGCCGAGCAGUGGGCUGACGCCCUACUCGAACGUCUUUUCCUAGGAGAUUGGGGUCUCCCCGUAUUUGUCAUCUCCAAUCGCGAUCCGAAAUUCCUCGGAGACUUCUGGAAGCAAAUAUUCUGUCGUCUCAGUGUCCACCUCCUUUAUAGUACCGCGUAUCAUCCACAAACAGAUGGCCAGUCCAAAAGAACGAAUGAGACCAUUGAAAUCUUUCUUCGCUAUGCCAUAGCAUCUCUUAAUGAUACAACAGAUUGGCAUUUGACGUUGCCACACCUCCAGUUUAUCCUAAACUCGUCCCCCAAUGCUGCUACAGAACAUUUGCCUCAUCAGUUAAUAUACAGCAUCAAGUUAAAAGAUACACUCACACUCAGUCUCACCACUGAUCCUCCAGACGUACAGCAGUUCACCACUUAUAACAAUGCACACAAAGCACUCAAGAUAGCAGCCAUUUACACAAAACACAGAUACAGCGCCAAGCACAAGGCCAUUUACUUCAAGAAAGGGAAAGGGUCCUCCUUCGACUUCAUCGCGGAUACUCCAUAG